CUGGGAAUUUUCAUACCCUCAGAAUAGUAAUGAUGAGGCACAAUGUUUCUAAAUAUCCAUUUUCUGAUAAUCUGUGGGAUAUGCUAAUCAACUGCUAUAAUGUAAGACGCGGAAGUCCAAAAUCAACUCCAGCGUUGUGCAACAUUGCAACACUCAGUGGUAUUCUAUGCGCCUACAUCCUGCCUUUCAUAGUUCUAUUCAAUGUCAUCUGUAAUGUGAUCAACGCUGUCAUAUUCCUUCAUGGUUAUCGACGCAAAACAAGACAAAUUAUCUAUCUCGCGGUUCUUUCGUUAGUAGACCUAUGCACUUGCCUCCUAGAGGCUACAUUGAGGCUAAUCCCUACCAAGGGUAUUCCGUAUGCGUCUAAUGGAACUAUAUUCUUCUCCAUAAACAAUAUUUCUGGUAUCGGAUGUAAGUUAUAUCGCGGUACAUUAGGACUUUUGAAUACAUUCAGAGGGAAUAUGUUAAUCACCACAAUGCUUGAUAGAUUGUUAGCUGUUCAGUUCCCUCUACAAUUUAGCCAAUUCAAUUCACGAAAUGCUUGGUAUUUUGUGUUGAGUACCUUCAUAACAGCUGUUCUCUUAAUGAUACCUAUCAUUGUGCAGUCCGAUUGGACUGUAUCUUCCAAUAAAACUUCAUGUUAUAAGGUACCAUCUAAUCGAUUUCUCUACCUUUAUUAUGGUCUAUUCUCAGGAGCAUGUUUUGCUCAAACUGCAAUCAACGGAUUACUGAAUGGAGUACUAUUACUUAAAAUAUACUUCUGGUUGCAACACAGACGUCAAAUAGCCACAUCAACACAUUCAACUAAAUCCAGCGAACUUUCAGCAUGUAUUCUACUGCUGAUUAUUUCAGGAACAACAUUUCUGCUGUCUAUCCCAGCUGUUUCGAUCGCGUAUUUUGCAAUAUCGAAUCCAUUCUCAAAAGAUCCGAAUAAUGCAUUUAUCAAGCUACGUGUCAUGCUGGAUUUAAGAGAUGUAUUUUUGAUUCUCACCUAUAUGCAGUCAAUAUUUAAUACAGUGAUUUAUAUCUGGCGAAUGGAACACUUUCGUCUAUUAUUUUUGUGCAUUCUUCAGUGUAAGGCAUUUCAUACAGUUAAACGAUUAUACAAAUCAACGCCAAAUGGUAUAUACCAGCUAACAGGUUAACUCUACAAUAAUCACCAUUGUUUUAUGUGCCUGCCUAUGAAUCAUAUUUCUGACUGUGCUAUAAAUAUAGAAUGUCAAGUGAAAAUUUAUCCUAACUCACACAGAUCAGAUUUUACUCCGAAGUAUCUUAUGCUAUUUUAUAAUGUGAGUGAUUUUGCAGUUUGAUUAUUGACUCAGUUAACUAUUGACUUGCCCACUUAUUACCAACUUGAAUAUUUACUCAAGUAAUUACCUGAUUAAACAUCAAAUAAACUACCUGAUUCCUUGCUUAUUGACGGCUGUUGUAAACUGCAUAUGAAAUAGGAGUUGUUCACGUGGAUCAUUUUCUACACUACACUCAUCCCCAUUCAUUUUGGACUUAUCGUUAAAGUGUACGCGAUGGAUACAAUGAAAUUAAUCUAUCUCUAUUCAUCAUAUCAUUCCCAGAGUAUUCAGGCAUUCUUUCACCUACAUUCUAUGACAUGUAUGUUUGAACAAUGUAUUGUGUGACUACUCACAUUUAUUAUUGAUAUACCCAUGAGAAGCAUUCACUUCUAUAGUCUUCAUAUUACAUGAUGUUAACUCCCUUUUCAGUGACAUCAACAUAUUUUCCUCUAAGUAUGUAUUUGCUUUAUUCAUUCUUUUAUUUGUAGUAAUUUUCAAAUAAGAGUGUUAUUCAUUUGUGAUAAAUAGACCAGGAACACUGAGGAAUACAUCAAAUAAAUCAUAAUUAUAUUUCAAUAGUUUACACACAACGAUGAGAUAUUGUUUUCGGUAAUAUUUCAAAAGGAAGAUUACAACCGGUGAUCAGAUCAACUGUUCGAAUUGUUGGUUGUUUGUUCUCAAUUCUUAUUUUUAUGAUUUCUACUCAUAUAUGUAGUUUUCAUUUAUUUUUCUUUCUUCAUGAUCAUAGUUUAAUGUCAAGUCGCAAAAUAAUUAAUGUUAUAAUACAUAAGGUGUAUAGAUUUUGGAGAGAGGUAUAUAAUUAUAAGAUUAGUAGACGAAUAUAAAAUGUUACAUAACAUGGUGUGAAAUCCUCUAAGAUAGAAUUCAAUAUUGUAAAAAUAAAAAUAAAAAGUAUACAAAUGAAUAAUUUUUGGUUUAAAAUGUCAAGUGGGUCAAGUGGAAAAGAUUCAGAGUGAGAGUCGUAAUAGUAAUAAUAAUGAUAAUAAUAAUAACAAUAAAAAUAAUUGAAGUUUUAAGGGAAAUUUAAAUAUAAUAACUAAAUAAACAAAAUAAAGAAAUGUUUAUCCCUCUACGGCCAAGGCAGAAGUAUGGAUUGUACAUACUACAAAGGUAUGGCCCAUAGUCAUGAAUUGACAAGGCCUCAACUGUCUUUAGAAGUCUGUAACGAAAAAAACGCGGAAGGUUAGCAUAAAUUCUAUAUAUGAUCUUGAAAUCUUGGUCAGGGUUGACAGAGUGACAGAAGUCGAUCAGGUUUUCCAGAAUAGAGCUUCGCACCCACUUACUUUCUCCCUUGUAAAACCAUGCAGCUGGAAUAUGUUCCGUAUCCAUGUGGAAAGCGGCGUCCUCUGACUACGUGGCCAAUGUACCUUUCUCCAAAAGAGCAGGUGAACUGGUAAAUGCGUAUGUAGGUGGCCAGACGGCGGAGCUUAUCUUUUACAGAAGUAGAGAACAACUUGCAUCUAGUGAACGUCGCUGCCAAGAACAUCUUACUCACUGAUUUAGAAAGACGAUUUUUGAGCUUAUCUGAAGCUUGUUCAUCUUCGAAUUCCAAGUUCAUGAAUAACGUUUUCUUUGGAACUGAGUCGUUGACCAGUUUACACUGCUUAUCUUUCAAACUUCUGUCAAUAAAU